CCGCCCUCCCGCCGCCAGCCCCGUCGGCUCCUUCCCGGGUCGGCCCGCAGUUUCAAGUUGCAGCGCAAGUUCGCUGGUGGCCGGAAGCCUCCCCUCCUAGGCCAGCCGGACCCCCGGAGCGCAUGGAGGUGGGCCCGCGGCCUCUCGGGCCUCGCAGCCUGCGCGCCCCGCGCCAUGGAGGGCGCCGAGCCCCGCGCGUAGCCCGAGCCUUGGGCCUGUACCGCCGGAGGCGGGCGCCCCGUGGAGGUGCAGCUGAACGGUGGCGCCCUUCGGGGCUUCACCCUGAAGGCCGCCCGCCAGCACGGCCCGCCGCGGGGCAUCAGCAAGAAAGUCAUUCGGAACCAGUGGAGACAACAGAAGUAGACGGGGACGUCGAGGUCCCACCCAACAAAGCCAGGGUCCUGCGGGGCCAUGAGUCCGAGGUCUUCAUCUGUGCCUGGAGCCCCGUCAGCGACCUCCUGGCCUCUGGGUCCACAGAUUCGACUGCGCGGAUCUGGAACCUGAACGGAAGCAGCAAUGGAGCGUCCACCCAGCUCGUGCUGCGGCACUGUAUCCGAGAAAGGGGGCAGGACGUGCCCAGUAACAGAGACGUGACCUCGCUGGACUGGAACAGCGAUGGGACGCUGUUAGCAACAGGUUCCUACGAUGGUUUUGCAAGAAUCUGGAUGGAAGACGGUAAUCUGGCCAGAACCUUAGGCCAACGCAGAGGCCCCAUCUUUGCCUUGAAAUGGAACAAAAAGGGGAAUUACAUUGUGAGCGCUGGUGUGGACAAAACAGCAAUAAUUUGGGAUGCCCACACAGGAGAAGCCAAACAGCAGUUUCUGUUUCAUUCUGCCCCCGUUCUCGAUGUGGACUGGCAGAACAACACGACCUUUGCCUCCUGUAGCACAGACAAGUGCAUUCACGUCUGCAGACUCGGCUGCGACCGCCCCGUCAGAACCUUCCAAGGACACACAAAUGAGGUUAAUGCCAUCAAGUGGAAUCCCUCUAGAAUGUUGUUGGCGUCCUGCUCGGAUGACAGUACAUUAAAGAUCUGGAGCAUGAAGCAGGACACAUGCGUCCAUGACCUGCAGGCUCACAGCAAAGAGGUCUACACCAUAAAGUGGAGUCCGACCGGGCCCGCCACCAGCAACCCGAACGCCAACAUCAUGCUCGCAAGCGCUUCGUUCGAUUCCACCGUCCGGCUGUGGGACGUGGAGCGUGGCGUGUGCAUCCACACGCUCACCAAACACCAGGAGCCUGUCUACAGUGUCGCUUUCAGCCCCGACGGCAAGUACCUGGCCAGCGGCUCCUUUGACAAGUGUGUGCACAUCUGGAACACUCAGAGUGGGAGGCUCGUCCACAGCUACCGAGGCACUGGCAGCAUCUUCGAGGUCUGCUGGAACGCCCAAGGGGACAAAGUGGGCGCCAGCGCGUCCGAUGGCUCUGUGUGUGUGUUAGAUCUGCGAAAGUAAACGGAGUGUUGCAGGAAAGAGAAGAGAAUUCUAACCCACCAGCAGUUCGCGUGGGGUGGGUGGGGGUGGGGGGGCAUCCUGUGGGCUCCAAACUGCACGGGCGUGGCGUGUGGGCGUGGACUUUGAAGUCAGCUCCUCCUGGGCCCUGGGCGCCUUUAUCUUUCCUAGUUCUUGUCAAAAAGUUUCAAACACACACAAUUGUAUCAGAGGUGGGAGAGUGGUUUCCACAGGGACAUCUGUUGGGAAAGCGUGACGCCUCCAGCGGGAUGGUCCCAGUUUGGUUCCCACCCAGACAGGCUCUGAGGGCUGAGACUGGAGGGGAAAAAAGCUGUGGCAAAAGAGAAGAGAAGCGAAAAAGGCUGCAAUAACCGAAAGGGGGUGGGAGAGCUCUGCCCGCGUGCUGCCUGUUGCCCUAACAAUUCGGACACUCCCGUCGCCCUCGCCAAGAAUGUUCAAAGCCCAGCCUGUGCCGCUGAAAUGCGGGGCUUGUGAUCCCGGCGCCCCCGUUUCACACAACCUUCUUUGUCAGGUGGCUUUUCUGUCGGUUGGAAUCCUGUCGACUGGGCCUUCCGUCCAUGAUGGGGCCUGUUCCCCUUCCUCAUUGCCUGUCCCACCACCUUCUUUCUCCAUUCAGCGUGUCUUGAUUUGCUGUUGAUGCGGCCUUGGGGACACGACAAAAUCUUUGCAGGACAGCUUUCUUGCCCCUCCCCUCUCCCCCUCUCCCUCCCCUGCUCCCCUUUAUCAUAGUUGUUUCAGAUCCUAGGUCUUGAGGGCACUUUUGGCGCAAAAUAAGUGCUUUAUGUAGGAAGGCAGGGCAGGGUGACUUUUUACAGGAGGAAAGAAAAAUGACUUAAGGAGAGCCCAGAGUAUUUUUGGGGGGGAAAUAUUUUUAUGUUAAAGCAAUUUUAAAAUCCUAAAAUAGCCAUCAGACAGAGAUAGCUUUGUGUGGUUUCAUAUUUUAAAAUAUUCUAGGGAGCUGUUCCCGUUGCAGGGCAGGGGGGGCGGGAGGGGGAGUGGAGGCGCAGACCCGGGACUAGCGGGAUUUCCUCGGCGGAGGGAGAAGUCCCGCUCUUGGCUGGGGAACAACGUGGGAUCUCCCCAGGAGUCCCCUCUGUAGCCCUGGGAGGGAACUGAAGAAGGGUGCACUGUGACCCCAGGAGCCCGUCCCAAACCAGCCGGUACUGAGGAAGCCAUAGAAGCAGACUGCUUUGCCGUGUGGCCUGUUGGUGGCACCUCCUUCACGGUCGGCCACUGCCCCAGUGCUGCUGGGCAGGCUUGGCACGGCUGACCCCUGGCGGGCAGGGACAGAAGUGAACGGGCAGGGAGGCCCCUGCACCCGCAAGGUGGACUAAGGGUAGAGUGUCACCCAUCACCUCCGCUGUCUCCAUCUCUUCUUUCUGCGCCAAGAGACUAGGUUUUCUUUUUUUAAUAAUGAACCUUUUUUACUAUUUUUAAAUUAAACGAGUUUGCGUUUCCACGGGAAUCUCCUUUCAUUGGAUGAGGUGGCCUUUGCACUGUCAGCGCGAUGCUGACCUGGUUUUGAAAGUAGCAGUGGGAGAAGGGCCCUCACUCUCCCGGGGCCAGAGCAGGAGAGCAGCAGGGGCAGAGCAGGGACAGGAAGGCGGCCUGGCGGGCAGGGCGUCCUGGGCAGGUUCAGCCACUGUGUCCCAGCUAGGAGAUGAGACAGGAUGCUGCUAUUCAGGGGCGGUGCCGGGCAGGUGAGUGCAUCUGAGAGGCCUGGACUGUGCUGGAUCUGCGACAACAUCGCCAGGCCCCGUGGAUCCGUGACUUCCUUGAGUCUGAGCCAGAGAAGGCCCCAAAGUGCUUUUCCGAGUUGGGUGUUUAAUUUGGGCUGUUGCCAAGCGCGAAGUCUAGGAAGUCACCACACUCAUCUUUGAGGGCAGCCGACACCCGGACCACGUUGAGCAUUUCCGCCCUGAGAAAUCAUUAGGUUUGGGGCACAGGGUGCGGAGGUUCGGACACCGCCUGACCGCUCCCCCGACAGGAACCUGCGCUUCUCUGCAGAGCAUCGCCGCCCAGGGCCGCCGGGAACCCUUGUCCCUGGAAAGUGGGGCCGUGUCCCGGCACUGUUUGCCUCCUUACAGCGCUUAAUGUAACGCCUACGUGUUAGUGACCAGACGUGGCCUUGGUCUGAGCAGGCUGGCCCGGCCCGGGAGGCGAGGGCCGCGCACCGCAUGCCGGGGACUGGGGUUUCCUUCUGUCCGGUGCGGUGCGCUUUGUCCCACGGAAGGCCUACUUCGCUCUGCUUAUUUUCCUCUUGAAACCUGUUCCUUUUUUUCCAAGUCGUGUCGCUUGUCAAACGCAGACGCGUUCCUCCGCCCCUCCCCUGGGUUUUGGACUCUGGCUUCUGGGUGUGUUUGUCCAUCAGAUGUGCCAGCCGUGCGCGUGGUUCCCGCCAGCGCCUCCCGAUCUGUCCGCCCACCCGCACCCCACGCUCUGGCCAAGAACCACCUGGCACUUCGCAGCCCAUUUGCUAGGAUAGGAUCAACGGGUCCUAUUCGGGCUCUUGAAUAAAUGGCUCUAUUUUGAUGCGAGA